AUGAAACAAGCUCAAGACCGAAAAAAGAGUUAUGCGGAUAAACGGAGGAGACCUUUGGAAUUUGAUGUAGGAGAUCAUGUAUUCUUGAAAGUGUCUCCGAGAUUGAGGUUGAAAGGACCGUUUAAGACAUGCAGACUUAGCCUGAGGUACGUAGGACCUUAUGAGAUCAUGAGGCGGAUAGGUGAAGUCGCAUACCGGUUAGUGUUGCCUCCUUCACUAUCAGGGCUGCAUGAUGUAAUCCACGUGUCUCAGUUGCGGAAGUUUGUGUCGGAUUCAUUUCAUCCUAUUCUGCCAGAUACAAUUGAAGUAGAACCAGAUCUUUCAUUCCAACCACGACCAUGUCGUAUUCUAGAGUAUGCUAGCAAGUCUUUGAGAAAUAAGGAAAUACCUUCCUCAUUUAAUCCCAGGACAUAUGUGCAUAAACUCUUGAAAAGUGUGUUUGAUUGUUGUGUAAGAUGGAAAUGGACUAUAAAUUCUAUUUAG